CUGAUACUUCCACCCUUCAAGUCCCACAGUCCAUUGCAACCACACUUUAAGACGGCAUUUCGGCUUUAGAGGGUAUUAAGUGGCUGAAUCUCGUGCGUGGUGCGUGGGAUAACCUGCGUCUACCGCUGAAACAUGUUGGCCUACCACAAAGUGCAUUAUUUAAUUCGGGUCUGAAAUCGAAUCAGGCUAGAACUGUUUCAAUCAGACUGACUUACUGGACAUGGCGGUUACACACGGUGGCGGCGAUGAAAAACUUGAAGAUGAAUUUCAACAGACGAUACGCUGCAUUGGAGGGAAGGAAAGAGUUUAUCUGGUUGGAGACGUCGGCAAAACGGAGGAUACCCAAUGUAGGCCUAAUUUAUUCAAAACGUUCAUUGAAGAAAUGUUCGGAAGCUGUGGCGAAAUUGUUGCUACCGCUAGCGGGGUAAACAAAACUUCCAACGACUCCCGUCAAAACACCGAGGAUCAUCAGGCUGAUACAUUGAACGACGUGGCAGAGGUUGAAGGCAUUGUACUCUCCUCACAAGACUCGUGCACUACUGUGGCUGGGAGUGGACCUGCUUGCAAGGGCGAAGUUCCCAGAGUGAUCAGAACAUGCAGAAAUGCAACAGGAGCUGUCAGAUUAAUUGACUGCGCAUUGGUGAUAUUCAUUUUCAAGCAAGAAUACGUCAGCAACAGUUGUAACCACGUAUUGAUCAAAGAAAUUAUGAAGGACAUCAGAGCCCGCACGAAACACUCUCCUCUGUCUAUCGCUGUGAUUGGUUUGGUGCAUUCAAAAGACGAAACUAGCAGAGAAACCCAGUCUGUGGAGGUUUUGGAACGUUUACUGUGCACAGUGUUUCGCAAACAUUCCAGUGAAUCUAUUUGGACUGGUCUUUUCAUCCCAGACUCUAUGGAAAACAUGUUGGCUAUCAAGAAACAUCUUAUCAAAGCCGUUCACUCAUCUCUCUCUCAAGGUAAUGUAAGAAGAGCAAAUAACCAUUUUUGGUCACUGAGGUGCUUGAUAUGGUGGAGACAGCGAAGACAACCCAGAUAUCAACAUGGCAACAACAUCACUACUUGUAAGCAUGGACAUGUGCCAUGGAAACAGUUGAAGGCAUCCCAUUAAAGACCAGGCUUGAUGGACAGCAAGGAGAUUUUACCAAUGGACUUUGCUCAUCUGGAAAUUAAACCUUCUUGAUGUUCAUAAAUACUUGACGACAAUUUGAUUAGUCAUCAGCUGUGGCACAUGGAAAUUAAGAAUCGACAGGCCUAGCCUGUAGGCUAGUAUCCCAAAUUGAUAACAUUGGAUUUGCAAUUAUUGUUCAUGCCUGAUUAUACAGUAGGCCUAUGUAUUGUGAGCAAUAAUGAUGGGGUUCUGUUGAUGAUUUCAAGUUUCAGAAUAGAAUAGCCUGCUGCCCUACACUUUUUCUGGCAUAAUUCAGAGGUAGACACAAGUGGAAAUGACUGUCGGGUGACAUUUUAAACUGUAUUUGAAAUAGUGGAGUGAUUUUAAAGAAGUUUUAGUAGGCCUAUAGUUAGUACGUAAGUAACAUUUUUUAUAAAGGACAUUUGAAACAAUAUAAAAUGACCAAAGUGUUGUACAGUAAAACAGUAAAGCAAUUUCAGCAGUAUAAUAAAACAUUUUUGCAGCAUAAGGGCAGCAAGCAUUCAAAUAUGAAUUCAGAUUCAGGGUCAUUCCAGAGGCGUGGAGCUGCCACAGCAAAGGCUCGGUCUGCUUUAUUGACAAGACGGGAUCGGGGAACAUGACGAAGGUCUUUGUUAGUGGAUCUAAGGGACCUAUGUACUGGGCAGUGUUGUAACUUGUAUAAAAUGUAGUGGGGGCAUCACCAUGUAAAGACCUAAAAACUAAAAGGAGUAAUUUUGAAUUUGAUUAUGAAGCCGAUGGGGAGCCAGUGCAGAGAGGAAAGGACAGGAGUGAUGUGGUCAUACUUCCUAGUGCCAGUUAAAAGUGGAGUAUAUUUUUUAUAGUGAACUUUCAUGUUACUUUUAAUAGUAAGCCAAUACCUUCCCUGUAUGAUAUUAUUAUUAUUAUCCAAAAAUAAAAUGAAAAAUGUUAUUAUGCA